CAUUCACAUUCACCUUUUGACUUAGCCUUAAACCUCUACAGACUGUUUUGCUGCAUUCAAGGGCAACCUACACGGCCAAACGCAUUUCCGAGCUGACCUUCCACGCACUCCGUCCGAAAGCUACUUGACACAAGUAACGCCAAUUGAACAGCGCACCCGUGCAUCUGGACAGGUUUCUUCAAUCCGUCCUUCGCAGUACAACGAUUCAGAGCAGAUAACUGAUCUCUGCCUUGACGUUGUCAGGCUUUGGCUGAGACUGCGCCCUCGAAUAUCCUCCGGUACGAGUUCCGAACAGACCUUGAAGGUCUUCCGCUGCGGAAAUGAGCGGCGACAAACCCCAUAUGAAUGGAAACGAUCCUUCCAAGAAAGGUACUGAUGGUUCUCAAGACGUUGAGAUGAAGGAACAAUCGCAAAACUCGAAAAAGACUUCGAAACCGAACAAGGACAAAGAUGGCGAUGAUGAAAUGACUGUGGUGGUUCCGCCAUCUAAAGGAUCGUCCGCGCCGACUGCUCCUGAUAAAGCAACAGAGGCGGACCUGACGAACGGCGCAGCGGAUGGCGAGGAGACGAAGGAGACCGAGCCUCCUGUUGAUCCGCAAGAGAAAGCCAUUUCAGAGAUCAAGGCCAAUCUUCCCUUAUUGGAACGCGGAGUCAGCCAAUUCGAUCCUCGGUUCAGCUUGCGGGUCCUUCGCUCGAUAUCUUCAGUCCGAAAACACUUGUCCGCAUAUGUAGUGGCUACAGUCGUUACAGAUACUUACCCAACUUCAAGCGCAACUGCGAUAUCCCUCCUAAGCGCCGUCAAGGACGAUCCAUCUUUUCCCUCGCAAAAGGUCGAGGAGUGGCAUAGCAGAAAAGAGGGCCUACAACAGAAGAGUUCCUCGAGGGAAACUUUGCCAGAAAUCGAUGUCUACCUGUCAAUCCUAGUGCAGGUCUAUCUUCACGAUAAGAAGGCUAUCGACGCGGGUGCGCAGUUCUCGAGUGCUCUUGUUGAGCACCUUCGCACACUCAACCGUCGGACCCUGGACUCCCUUUCUGCACGUGUGUACUUCUAUUACGCGUUGUUCUACGAGGAAAAGUCACCACUACCACCUUCGCCUGCGGCCGCCGUCAUUGCCAUCAGAAAGAGCCUUCUUGACGCGCUAAGGACUGCUACGCUACGAAAAGAUCAAGACACUCAAGCGGCUGUUACCACUCUACUCCUCAGGAACUAUCUGUCGACUUCCCACGUCACACAAGCCGACUUGUUGAUUUCUCACACACAAUUCCCAACCACUGCCGCAAACAAUCAGUAUGCACGCUAUCUGUACUACCUCGGACGCAUUCGAGCUAUCCAACUCUCUUAUACCGAAGCACACGAACAUCUUACUGGGGCCACGCGGAAGUCGCCAACGACUUACAAAGCCAGUGGAUUCUACCAAGUAUCUACUAAGUUGAUGAUUGUGGUCGAAUUGUUAAUGGGAGAUAUCCCGGACCGUGCUACCUUCCGCCAACCAAGCCUCGAGAAGGCCCUGCAACCAUAUCUGCAACUUGUCCAAGCUGUCAGCUCGGGAGAUGUGAUUGGGUUCCAAAAUCUUGUGCAACGAUACAAUUCCACUUUCCGAAAAGAUGAUACAUACACACUUAUCCUCAGGCUCAGACAGAACGUCAUCCGAACGGGAAUCCGUAUGAUGUCUUUGUCCUAUGCCCGGAUUUCUCUGCGGGACAUGUGCUUGCGAUUGGGCCUGGACAGCGAAGAAUCUGCAGAAUACAUUGUGGCCAAGGCGAUUCGGGAUGGAGUGAUCGAGGCUAGCCUUGAUCACGAACGUGGCUACAUGAAGAGCAAAGACGUCGGGGAUGUGUAUGCCACAAGCGAACCUGGCGAUGCCUUCCACGAACGCAUUCAGGCCUGUCUAGCUCUGCACGAUGAAAGUGUCAAGGCCAUGCGUUUCCCCAUGAAUCAGCACAGAUUGGAGCUCAAAAAUGCUCAGGAGGCACGUGAGCGGGAGCGGGAGCUCGCGAAGGAAAUCGUCGAGGGGGAAAUGGACGACGAUGACGCUCCUGGCGGCGACUUUGAGGGGCUCUGAGUGACACGCCGUGUCAUAGUGUACUGUACAAGUGGAGCAGGCGCCCUAGUAUCAUAUCGCCAUCUUAGACGUAUGCAGGCUGGCGAUGGAAGCAUAGCCAGGAGAUCAGCCAUCAGGCACCAAGCAUCAGGCAUCAAGCAUCAGGCAUUCGACGGAAGAGAAGGUGCAAGGAGUUACAAAGUUUCCAAGGUCCAUUGCAUUCAGACCCAGAAUGUACUUAGUGGCCGGCAGGCUCAGCAAUGGCAUGCUCGCAGUAGCCACUGUAUUGUAAUCAUGUCCCAUUCCUUGCCAC